CCAAUCGUGUAAAGUGUUAGACAAAUCUCUCCUUUUUUUUUGUUUGGCAAAUAAGAAAGUCUAUGAAAAUCAAAGCAGCGCUACCACAUAGGGUGGCAACUCCCCUUAAUUAAAGAUGGCAGUGGUUUCAGAAUUAGCUAUGGAAUCCACUACGUUAGAAGAAGUAAAGGCAUAACAUAAUUCUAAUGGUUCUGCAUGUUUAUUAGGAUAAUGGAAAUAUACAAGUAGAAGUAUUGUACUCAAAAAAUUAAGAACAAUCAAACCUUUCUCCUUCUCCUUCUCCUUCUUCUUCAAGUGAUGGGGAAACUUGUUUUUGAAGUCACAAGACAAAAUACCCUAAUGCGUAUUGGGUUUUCCAAGGUCAAUAACUCUUUCCAACUACAGAAACUAAUUGACCAGUUCUAUGAGGCUUUUAGGUCUCAUAAUUUUGUUGUUUUUCUUAUCAAUGAGAUAGUCAAUUUGGGAGUAGUGUUGGAUGCAACAAAUUAUCCACAAUGGGCUUCUACCAAUAUAUUGUGGAAAAUAAUCAUCUUCAAAUUUUCGUCUCUACGCACAGCGAUACUUGUUGGCUUAUUUCAAACAAUUUCAGAUGUGAUGCAACAUUAAUUCACCCGGCGCACAAUUGUCAAUACAAGCGCAUUGUGCAUUGGAGGACCAUAACGGACAUUAAUUUUCAUUCUCCUCUAUGGAAAUCCACCAAGAUUUCCUUAAAUGGGUGCAAUUUAUUAAAAUACUUUGUACAGAGCCUUCAAAAAGCUCAAGCCCUUCAAUAGGGCAACGCCGAUGGAGUUUUGUUUUUCAUUUUAAGAGGCGCAGCUUUUGUAAGCUCUUGUUCACCUUCGUCAAGGAUAUCUUCGAAUUAAUGUCAACUAGUGAGCGUAGAAGAAGUGCACGAAUAUAUGAACUCAAUGUGCGAAGGGCUGAACAAGAAAAUAUUCAAAAUAAGGGUAAGAAGACAUGUGAGACAACAAUAAAGGAUUCAAGUACUGGACAUAGAGACUUCAACCUUAAUCGAGGAAAAAAAAAGGUCAAGACUAGAUCUAUCCAAGAUUUGAUUAUGGACACAGCUACAUAUCAGGUUGGAAAAUCUGGCAAUGAAGACCAUCAUACAAAUUUCGCUGCUACAUCAGCUGGACCUGAAAUUGUUGUAUCCAAAAAAAGCAAGCUUGAACUAUUGCUGAGUAUUUUGAAGAGGAGGGACUCUUUUGAAAUAUUUGCAGAGCCAGUAAACCCAAAUGAGGUUGAUGGAUAUUAUGAUACCAUAAAAGAGCCAAUGGAUUUUGGAACCAUUUCUAGAAAACUUAAUGGUGGAAGCUACAAGUCAAUAGAUGCAUUUGAGCAUGAUGUAUAUUUGGUAUCCAACAAUGCAAUGGUUUUUAAUGCUUCGACUACAGUAUAUUAUAGACAGGCUCGUGCUAUUAAGAAUUUGGCACAAAAAUUAUUUGUUGCUCUCAAAACUAAUCCUGAAAACUUUGAAAGUGAGAUUUCCAGAAUGAGGCUACGAGGUGGAAGGGAAAUAAAAGAAGAGAUGGAAAUUUCAAAUUUUGGCUCUUGUGAUGAAUCAAAUUAUAGUUUAACAUCAAAAGGUUGUAAAGAAGAAAGACCUGAAGGAGUGCAAAAUGUAAACAACUUGAAUGAGUCAGUUGUACCUUCAAUCUAUCAGAGCCCAGAACAUAUGAUCACACCUAAGGAGAAUAUUCCAAAUAACAUCAAACAUAAUGGUAGUUUGGCGCAAUUUUCUAAAGAUAUAGGGUCUUAUGCUGACAUAAUUUCUGGGAAGAAGUUACGCACAUGCACCUCCGCUGAAGAUUUAAAUAAUCGGUUUGAAAUUCCUAAUGUUGAAUCUAGAUACAGUAAUGUUGUUAACAGAGGGUAUGUUCAUUAUGCUGCGUAUGGUGAAAAGCCAAUUGAAGUAGCUCGAAAGCGGGAGCUUCACCUGGAAAUUAGUGCUCCGCACUUUAGGAGUAAUGUAUACAACGAAUCCAACAGAGAUAUUUCAAAUUCUAUCAACAAUGAUAAUGUUAUCCAAAAGACAGAUAUGAGUUCUUCAUAUUUGAGGGAAAAUCUCAGCUUCCAAAAAAGAAAAUUCGGGGAGUUUGUGAGAGAUGAAGUGAAUAAAGUUAUCCAAAACACUAGCCACCGAGAAAAACUCAUCUCAAGUUGUAUUAAGCAUUUCCAUAUGGCUAAAGCAAUUUCUUCAACUCCUAACAGUACUCCAGGUGGUAUAAAGUUUACAGAAGCUAUAAAAGAAGGGGAUAAAAAAUCUUUUCAAGAGGCAAUUUGUUCAGAUUCCAAGAAAAUUCCUACUAAGCAGCUCAAAAACUUUAUGGAAGUUGUGAUUGAAGGGGAAAGCAAAUCUUAUCAAAGUGAAAUGCCACAUGUUUCUACAACAAGGUACACAAGCAAUAACCAAGAAAAAAUGUUUUCUAUGAGAAAAGAAAAACAUCUCGAGAUGGCAGAAGCAGCUUCAAUAAUGCCCAAGAAAUUUCUUGUUAACCCAUGUGAAGAAGCUUUUGAAUCUACGACCAAGGAGGAGAGCAAACAAUUUAUCCCAGGUGCUGCUAAUGAGUGUAAAAGUGUUCCAAUGAUAGCCAUGCACUCACGUAUGCUGGAAACUGAUAGUGAGACCAUUGAAGAAACACCCCAAUCCUUCAGAGUUGAGAGCCAUGUUUCCCAGGAGCAUAUGGAUAAACAAGGCACUGGUAGUGGUUUCUUCUCCACUCACUUACUUGUAGACGAAGAUUCAUGCAUUCUAAAUCAAUUCAUGUCUUCUAUGACAAAUAGUAUGAAUAUCCAAAUACCAGGAAGUAAUGGUCAAAAUUCCAUCCCUACUACUAUGAAUAAGGGUAUAAAUGUUCGGACAGUAUCAACAUUGGAUUCUUCAGGUCCAAUGAUUCAAGGCACUUUAUCUGCUAGAGGUCAUGGUGAUCAGCCUUCUACACAUCAACAAUUGUUUUCCCCACCUAAAUCUGGUUCAAACUUGAACCAAUCUCUCAUCUCACCGAGUUCAAAUGUAAACUUUCCUUGUGGAUUGCAUAAACCCAAAACUCUCUGCAACAGUGGUAAGUUCAUGCAGGCAGAACAAACUUUGAAUUGGCGACAACCAAAGCAGGUACAAUCACCACUCGCAGCACAAUCUUCAAUGCAAAUGCAUCCAAGGCCACCUCUAGUUGAUUUAGUAAGUCAAAUUACGCCCCAACAGUGUCAAGGUCAAAGCACUUCUGCCUGUAAUGGGCCAAUAAUGAACCAAAUACCUAUCCAUGCUUCUUCAAUGCAGAUGCAAACAAUACAUCAAGUGGAUUUAGCAGGUCCAACUGUACCGUCAGAGCAGCGAGGUCAUGAAACUGAUGUUGUUAAUGAGCAGGCAACACAACUGAAUCUCCCUCGUAUCUUUGCUUCUCGAAGGCAGAUGCAACGACAUUCAUACCAAGUAGCAAAUCGAGCUUCACCCUCGCAGAAGUGAGGUAAGGGAAGAAAUCUUGAAUAAGGUCGUUAUGAUGUUGCAAAGAGCUGGCCAAUUGUGAACUUAGCAAUGAAUAAAAGAUGUAAAACUUAAAUAAACAUCCUUUAUGAUCUCUUCAGUACAUUUUUUUCAGCUAUAUUUCAACUUUAUUUUCUUUUGAGUACACAUGAUUACAUUUAGAACUUUAUAUUUAAUAUUGAAUUAUUAUGAAAUGUACUUGCAAUUGUUUCUA